AUGGAUGUUGUGAUACGAGAACGUCCAUGGGCAGCAAUCAUACCUAGCAUUGCACCAAACGAUAGGCGUGGCGCUCUGCUUGAUAAAGCGCAUCACAUGUGGUUGCUCCUGAUGGAAGUUACGAAGGUCCGAGAGCAGCGACUCUGGCUGGGGUGGAUCGUUUAUAUCGAGAGGUUGGGAGCGACGAGGUUACUAACGAACCGCAACCCACGGAGAGGCCUCAUUCCGGACAGCGAGUUCGUUCAAGGCAGCUGUAACUUUGUAGUCGAGGUGCGGAGGGUCAACGUGCGGCGGUUCAAGUUUUUCAAGACGGGUGGACUAUUGACAAGCACCAUGAGGUUCGGUAAUCAGCGAUCCAUUGCGCCACGCCUUGACGCUAACAAGGGAGGAGCCCAAUAUCAAUCAAGGGCAUGUCAUCAGAUUUGGAUCGUACCGGCCGUGUCCUACGCCAACGAGGCCGUCGUGAACCUCUAUGAUCCUGAGCUCGUACAUUACUUGUCGGUGACCAGCAUGAUCCAAAAUGGCUAUUUUGCGCCUCACAAGCCAUUGCCCAGUCCCAAAAAGAAAGUAGGAAUUGGUGACGACACCCUGACCCAGAUUAUGUGCGGGGAUAUGCUCAACGCGUCGCGACCAGGGAAAGUCCAUCACGUGAACCCUUGUCUCACGUUGAUGCCGCCACGUCACCUCCCCUGUCUGAAGUGUCUCUCUAACGCUCUAGCAAAAACGUUGCCAACAUUCGAGGGUCUCGUGGGUGCACCGUUGCUCUUCACACUGUUGUCGCUCUGCGUGUUCAUGAACACGAGCAUUCUCGUGUUGACCCAUGACAGCCCAUUCAACGCGAUGAAGGAAGAGAAAUCUGCCAACAAGAUGGCUGAUGACGGCUCGUUUAUGAACCCUUCUAGUGAGCCCCCCAUCCGACUGAAGGACACUCCCGACAAAUCCCAGUCCGAGGGCUUGAGCGUCGACGGCGAACACGGGGAUACACCCAAGCCAAAAGGCGGUAUCAUCAAGUUCAGCACCCACAUCCCGGCCAAGGAGCAAACCACAGGGAGCAAUCGACCUGGGGCGCCAGCAGAGCCGGUUCCGAGGCCGCUGGAACCUACCAUCGUAACCUCGUCCAGCACCUGGACGUAUACCGCACCCAUGCGUCGUCCGCGGCAUACUUCCUCCACCCAGGUCACCACUAGACCAUCCAAGCAUGGCAUGCUGAUACCUAUGGCGCAUGAAGGCAAGAAGGACCACGGCACCGUAUCCCAUGCUGCGUCCAAGGACUCCAAGGACGAGUUUGACGGGUUCAACAUACAAAUGCUUGCACGGCGCGUGCAGCUGAUGCGCAGGGACAUGUAA